AUGGCGGUCACGUCUUCCAUCGUGGGGCAGCAAAACAGCACUACGUCGUCGGCAUAUAGCGAAAACGCCGGGAUGCGUCGCCGUGGGUGCAGCUGGUGCAGGAUGCCCGCACUGAUCGCGCGCUGGACGAGGCGGCCGAGGGCGUCGACGCCCAGGACGAAAAGCUGCGGCGAAAGGGGGUCGCCCUGUCGUAAUCCUCUCCGGUGCCAGAUGGGCGGGCCGGGCUCGAGGUCGUCCAGUCGAGGUCACGAGGCUGCGGUCUCCUCUCCAGUCACGCGAUUCCCCGCGCGGCCGCUCCCUGACCGCCGCCCUGGCUGCCGCGGCCGCUCCCUGACCGCCGCCCUGGCUGCCGCGGCCCCGGCGCCGCCGCCGCCCGCCCUCGACUCUGCGUCUCUGCCCAGUCCGGCUGUCCGCCCGGCGCCACCCGCGGCCCGCCCUCUCUGCAGCUCUGCCCUCACGGCCUCACCGCGUCCCAGCCCCGCCGCUCGGCCGUUGCAGCGGCGCAGCGACGCACUGACCGUCGGACCUGAUCUUACCGCCGAGCCACUGGCCGACGAGCAAACGACCUGGCCGCGACCAGAACCAGAAGUGAGCUCCUAUUCAACUAUUUUCUGA